AUGGCGGCAGCGGGCCCCGCGCCUGCUGAGCCUGAGCGCCCGUGGCGCGCCCAGCUUCUUCACUACACCCGCCGCCACUAUUAUGCCCUGCUGCAUCGCUGGUCUUUGCUGCAUUCGCCUCUGUUGCUCGACUGGAAAACCUUCUGCGCUGUGUUUCUACCCGCGGACGUCCUUGCCGAAGGCAGCGCCAGCACUGCAAGCCCCGGUAUGAGGCCGCGAUGGACAGAUCGCAGCAAGAGAAGUUGCCGCGCUCAGGCGCUGCAUCAUGGCGCGGAAGACGGAGGUCCAGGGUACCCAGUACGCGGCGGCCGUGGCGAGAUAGAGUCCGUGGCUGCUACCACCCCCGGCGAUCACGGGCCGGCUCCCUCCGCGUCAUCAUCAGGAAUGCAUUCGCCUGAGCACACCCCUCAUCGGGGUGUCAGCAAGCAUGGAGAAGUCGCAAGCGAAAAUGCCACGAAUGUGUGGCCGUCGCUCCUGCAAGUGAACCGCACUCUCGAUGAGUCUGGAGGGGUGGGAGCGGCCGAAGACGUAGACCAGUUCUGCGAGGCAGCAGAAAGCCUGAAAACAUUGGCUGAGGACGUCUGGGACGCGUUCCACGUUGGCGGCGGCCUUGAGGCGCUUCAGCUUCUCGGCGGCCUCGCCUGGCUGCUACCGUCAUGCCUCAGGACGAAGGCUAGGGCCCUGACUCGCGUCUUCGACGUCACGCGCACAGGCCAUCUGUCCUGCACGGAGCUCUCGAUUCUGCUCGACAGGAGCCUCCGCGGCCUCGCUCGCCUGGUGGCGUGCCAAGCGAUAUCGGCUGUAGCUACACCGUACAGCGCUGCCCUUCUAAACCAGGCGAUCGCGGAAAGGCACGUCGCUCAGGAGGCAGAUGAAGGUGGCGGAAGCGACCACGGGAGACACCUCGCAGCCUCACGAAUCGCCGGGAGGGGCGACGGCCACCAGAUCAGCGCAACAGAGACACCCGAGGCGGUUCACGCCGUCAGCAAUGACCCCGUUGCGUGGGAGUUCUUAGUGGGCGUUCUUCAAGAGAUUGAGUGGUGCAUUGCGCGGUGCCUGCGGCCUUCUCUGGCAAUGGCGGAGACGCUGCUCCUGGCGUUCCCCAGCGCCUCGCUGCCGUGGAUCGCCUGGCUGCAGCCUGGAGCGCUUUUUCUCGGGCGAUUCGAGAUCCUGCGCCUGCUGCAUCACAGCUCGCGUGCGCCGCAGGGGCGGGUGGUGCUGAAGGUACAGGAGAAGAAAACUGGCGUGACCUUCGCGCUCAAAGUCGUCGUCAAGCGAGACGCGCAUGGCCUCAUGCAGAGCGGAAUCUGCAGUCCUGACUCUGGCGUCGUCUCUGCGGUGGUCGCCCCGGCGCUUCGGAGCUCCUCCUUUCUUGCAGAGGCGCGGCAUCUGCAGAGGCAUGCGCAGCAGGCGCGAGAGGCGGGUCGCGGCCACACGGCGCGCUGCGCACUCCACGGGGAGGCGCCGCCAGUUGCUUUUCAGCUCUUGGCGUGGGAGGACGGCGAGACGCUGCAGGCUUUUCUGGCGCAGAGACGGCGAGACAUGGGGGUCUCGACCCCCCCGGCUUGGCGCGCGAAUGUGGAGGCGACUGCUGACAAGAAGCAUCCUGCGCUAGCCUCUUCACCGUCGCCUGCAGGUGCGCUGCGGCCGUCGCCUGAAGCCUCCCACCUCCUCGCGCCGGCGUUCUCUGAGACAGAGCUGGUGGCCUUGUGGCUCGCGCUGCUCUCGCUGCUGCAGGAACAGCAUCGCGUCGGCGUCACGCACAGCCAGCUGAAACCAAGCAAAAUUCUGCUUCAGAACGCAGCAGACAGCCUCGGCCUUCUCGCGGCCGCCUCGCCGUCACACGGGCCAAGCGGCGCACGGCCGUCGCCGCAUGCGUCUUCCGCUGCGCAGUCGCGAACCGACGAAGAAGCAGAGGGGGGGCGUGUACAGGGACGCGCAGCAGCGGAAGAUGUCAAAAACGAGGACCUGAACAGCCACACAGGGCAGGACGUCGAGACACAAGGUGACCAGUCCUUCUCAGAAAAAUCACUAAUCCUUCUCGACUGGCAACUUGGAAUAGAGGGCCAACAGGUGGAGAAGUCACUUUCGUCUUGCCUUCGCGAAGCACAUCUGGGAUCUCUGCAGUUUGCUUCCUCGAGGUACGCUUAUCCUUCUUCCCCUGCGUCGCAGUCUCAGGCUGGCGAGGUGUACGUACACCCGUUUGGCGCAGCCCCGCCUGCGCCGGCGGAGCUUUGCGAGGCGCCGUCUCCCGCGUUGGAGGACGAAGUGUGCGCUCUCGUGGGCCACGCAAAGCGAGAGCUCUGUCGCGCGCUCGACGCGAUUUCGCCAGAAGACAUCGAGCAAGAAAUUCGCGCGUUCUGUGGCGCUGGCGAUAGCGAGGGAUACGCGCCUCCUGAGCAGCAGCUGCUCGCCCUCUGUCAAGCUGCUCAGGCGGCGUCUGCUGAUCGCGGCGACGCGAGCGGCCAGGGCAUGUGGAAUCGCUGUGAUGGAGGAAGUGCGGAGGUUUGCGAGGGACUUGAGGGCGGCGGAGGCGCGCGAGCUGCCCGUUUGUCGCCGCCUGGAGGUGCCGCGCCGCCCUCGCUCUCCCUUCGUAAAACAUGGGAUAUCUACGCCACGGCGAGGAUCGUCGAGGAGUGCGCUACCCUUCACCCGCCGGUCGCGCAGCGCAUGCGGCCGAAUUUCUGGGCGCAGUUCGGCUGGCGGCAGAUACAUGCGGAGGAGGCCCUCGAGGUGGUCAACUGCGGCCGCUUCGGGCGCGAGGCACGAGACUCAGAGGGCGCGAGGGGGAGGACUGUGAAGAGGCGGAGGCGUCGUGGCCCUUGGAGGAAGAAAGCGAGAAGUGUCCACGAAGAGUCGCCGAGCGACCGUCGAGUGGAAAAGGGCAAGACGAUGAAGACCCAGAGGCAUGGCAAGAGACGGGCUCUGCAUCCUGCGGCGCAGAAGAGAUUUCGAGACGUCGAAGAGCUUCGCGAGCAGCUCGAGGACUUGGCGCAGAAUCUCCGCCGCCUGCCGCGUGCCUUGGCUGCCGCCGCGCGAGACUGUCUCCGCCUCGCCGGCGCGAGUCGCGAGAAGCCUUCAAGCGCAGCCCGGGGCGCCGCCUCGCCUGCGCCCCCCGCCGCGGCUUCGUGCGCGAAUUCCGAGGCGUUCUCAGGCAGGCCAGCGUUUGCCGCGCAGCAGACCGAGUCUGCCGGCAUGGAUCUGCGGCGGCUGCAGUUCGGGCCCUUCCGCAUUCGCUACCUCGCCAAAUUCGCAAGGUACCUAAACGUCGCGACGCUCGUGCUGCCCUCCGCGUCGGCCUCCACGCGCGCCGCCUACGGCGACGCCUCUGCAGCGCUCUCGUCUGCUUCGCGAGAUGACGACGUAAUCGUCAUUCCCCUUGGCAAGAUGCUCAACCGCGAGGAGAGGCAUCUGGACUUAAGCGGGAAGAACUUGACGUCGCUCGAGACGAUUCUUAUCACGCGAACGCUGCUGAAUGCCUCAUGGCUAGAAGAACUCCAUCUGAACGACAACGCCUUCGGCUCUGCGCCUCCCCGGGGCGUGCCUUCGCGCGAGCUCCUAAGCGCGGGCGAGGCCUUCGCGCCGUCGCCGCCCCAGCAGCUGCGAAGCUCUUCGCCAGCAGAGGGGCACUCGCAGGGGCAGGAGGCGCGAAGCUCCUGGGGGCGAGGCAGCAACGCAGCUGCGCAGCUCCUUGGCGUCUCGCUGACAUGCAUGCGAAACCUCAAAGUCCUCAACUUGAAUCGCUGCCAACUCUCUCCGGUCGACAGCCUGCAUCUCCUCGAGUGCCUGCGGCGCUGCUCCAGCCUGCGGCGGCUGUUGUUGAGCAGCUCGUUGAUGUGCGACUCUCCCUCUGCCGAGGCUGGCACGCUGUCGCUCUGCACCUCUGCGCGGGCGUCGUCCUUUACCGCGUCUUCGCGAUCCCCGUGCUCGUCGUUCGUUUCGCUGUCGCCAUCGAUGCCGCUGGCCUCUUGGCAACUGUCGUCGAGGACGCGCCGCGAUAGAGCCCUGCAGCAGCGGCAGAGCCGCAGCAGCUUGGCGGCGCUAGAGGGGCCUCGAGAAGGAAGCGGGAGAGGAGACUCCGGAGGCGCAGGCGGCGACGAGGAUUUUGAGAACGAGCAGGUAUGCCGGCUGGCGGCGAAGGCGCUGAAAUAUGACUGGCCGCUGAUGGAAGAAGUCGACUUCAGUCUCGCGGAAAUCUCCGACGCCGGCCUCGACCUCCUCGCAGACGCCAUUGCCAGCCACGCGCAUCUCCAGCACGUAAACCUCAGCGGCAACCCCAUCACCGUCGUGGGCCUGCGGUCGCUGUGUCGCGCGCUGCGGGCGAACCGCAGCGUGGGCCUGCUGAGCCUGAAGGAGAUCUCCGCCCUCGAACAACGCCCAGACAGUCCGACUCCUGUCGAAGAGAACGCGUCAGCGCUGCAGAAAUCGAGGGAGAGCCUGAAACGGCGGUCUGUCGCCCCGGGAGGCGCGAGAGAUCGCGGCGGCAAAGGAGAGGAAGCCCCGCAGGAAGACGACGAGGCUUCACUUCUUCUCCAGAUGCUCGAGCGAGCUGUGGGCUUCAACGUUCAGUUCAAAGAACUCCGACGCCACGCCUCUGUCUUCGACCUGCCUGUCGGCGCAUCGCUCAUGAGCGAGACGCUGGCCUCCUGGCUGGAGGGAGACUCCUACCUUCAGAAAAAACUUUUGCUGCACCUGCAGCACGUUCGCCGCCUCCAUCAACGCGAAUCCGGGACCGCAACAACUACGGGGCGCGUUCGCAGGCACGGAAGGCAGCUCACUGCCUCAUCGGCAGUGUCGUCCUCGAUGCGUCUGCCUAGCGAUGGAUUACACGGCGACAAAUGGGGACAGGGGACGCCAAGCGGCGAGCAAGCUGAGGCCGCGUCUCCGCCGGUUACCGGCACAACCGCUAGUUGGGCUCCAGGCGGGAGCGAGAGGGGCAGAAACGCGCCGAAGCGGGACGGCAGAGCGCGGUCCUCGGCCCUCGGCUCCGUGGGCUUCGGUGCCGAAUCGGAGACGAAGGGAAGCGGUGACGAAGGAGCAGGGGGGGAGAAAAUCGAGAGUUGGAACUUUGGACGUUUCAGGGCUCCAGACCAGGGCGAGGAAAGACGAGAUGCAGAGGGAGAGAACAGAAGAGUGUGCGAACGCGCCAACGAGUGCGAAGGCAGUGAAAAACAAGUUGAAGGAGGAAGAAGAGAGUUUCGUGUGCGCUUCUGCUCAGGAGGCGAUGGAGCGGAAGAACCCCCACGAGGGGAGCCAAGCGUCGCGUCGUACGAUGCAGCACAAAAAGACAGAGCCGCUGCGACUGCAUGCGACGACGAAGACCGCUUCUACAUCGAACUCGAAAAUGCACUCGCCGAUAAAAUGCUAACAGCUGACGGGUCGUCGCUCAAGUCCAGCCUCUUCCCAGCGUUCAAAGAGGCCGAUCUCAAAGAACUCGAAGGGAUCCUGAAUGUCAAGCCUCGUUGGCAAACGCUACAGGGGCGCCAAGGCGACAAGGGCGAGGACAUGCGGUAG